ACCGGAAUAACAACAUUAGCUUACACGGCUACGUGUUUUGCUUUGACGUUUAAGUCUAAUAGGCGUUUAUGUCAGUAUUUUAACCCAUCCUGUUAAUGUGAAUGGUUACAAAAUAGUCACAGUUUUGUGUUGAUGUAGAACUAAUAUCCGCUUGUUGACGUGAAACCUGUUGGUAAACGAUGGCGGGUUAAGGCUUCAGGCUAACCUUCGAUUUAUCGUCGAAGCUUCUAACAAAUAACUAAUUGAGCUAUAAAGAAACAGCCCUGCGUAAAGUGGUUGUAAAGUAACAACGGAUUUUAACAGGGAGAAGCUUAACUUUCUCUCGUCUAAUGGCUGCUUUAGGAUUUAUUCCCGCCAGUGAAAAGGAUGCUUUCAGUGUUAGGUCGGAGCCGAUUUCUUCCAACAGAAGCUCCAAAUUGAGCGGAGAAGAAGUCAGGAGGUUCUAUGAGGACUUGAUGAAAGAUGACACAACUCGAGCAGAACGAUCGAAAAGAGCAACAAACAAGAACAAUCAUGACAGGGGCUCCAACAGGAGAGCCCGGAGAGCCGCAGCUGAACGAGUCCAGCAGGAAAACACUGAUUCUGUGGCACAAAGAGACAGAAGAAACCAAAGAGAAGCAGUCAAUUCAGAGAGAGUUCAGGAGCUGAUGGGACUGAGGCUCCUGCGCUGCGCUCAUCAAGGGGAUAUUUCAGGACUAAAGGAGCUGAUCUCAAAAGGAGUGGACAUAAACUUUCAGGACACAUAUCUCUGGACAGCUGUGAUGUGUGCCAGCUGGGCAGGGCAACAAGAUGCUGUGAGGCUAUUGCUGCGUCAGGGUGCAGCCUGGGUCGGAGUGGUCGAUACAAGGGGUAGGGAUGCCCAAGACCUGGCAAGAGAAGCUGGUCAUGAAGACGUCUUAAAUGAGUUGUUAAACUAUGGAAGAAGUCCACAGAGAGAGGCAACUACUGACAGCAGCUUGCGCCAGCCUCAAUGGUGCGAUAUAUGCCGCUGUGAGUUCCGAACCAGCCACUCGUCGCAUCUUUCUUCCACUCUGCAUCAGUUCAGUGAGCAUCACCCUCAGCCCUCGCCCUAUUACUGCCUCCCUCCAUCCAGCAACAGCUACAAGAUGAUGGUUCGCUGCGGCUGGAAACCAGGCACUGGUCUCGGGCCGGAGGCCGAUGGGCCUAAACAGCCGGUAUCGACUGUGUUAAAGAGAGACCAUAAAGGUCUGGGAUUCGGACCCGUCAAAAGAGCUAAGGUUACUCAUUUCAAAGCAGGGGAUCAGAGUGCUGUAAAACACCGACCUCAAGACAGAGAAGAGAGGGGGAGGAAAGGGCAGAAGAAAGAUGAGAUCAAGAGAAGAGAGCAGAAAGAUAGAAACUGGGAAAGAGAUUUUCGUGCCUCAUUUUAUCAAUAGCACCUGCUUUCUGUUCUGUUUUUGACUUUACCUCAGAGUUGGCACACAGAUGUUUUUGGAUGAACUUUUCUUGUGAGUAUAUGUUGUGCAAUGGUUCACCAACUGUGUCAAAUGUUAUUUAUCUCAUUUCUACGUUCAUGUCUAAUGUCUACUCGCCUUUGACUUACUAAAACUGGGUCAAAAAUCAGCAUUUUGUUUCUACAACAGUUUUUUUAAAUAUACCAAAAUGAAAACAAAUAAAAUUCUUAAUAUAAAACAACAUGGCUAAUAUAUUUUAUUAUAAUUAGGUGUUGAUACAUUUCUAAUAUUUUUUUUGUUUUGUUUCUUUAAAUGCUUAUAAGCAAAAUCAGGUGAACCACUCUUAUGGAGGAACAUUCUGGUCAUCAUGCAUGAAAACGUGAGUAAAAUGUGUGGUUACAUUUAAAGAAGUGUAAAUUGUAUUUAAAAGCAAAUGGAAACUAAAGCCAGAAAGGAGUGGAGAAAAACAGGAAAUCAUCAUUUAAAGGGAUACAAAAAAACAGAAAAUAUUAACUUUGUCUUGCAAGGAGAAAUUCCAGUCUUCCAGCAGCAAUAAAAACAAUCAAAAUUUAUAUUAUCCCUUCAGUUUAUGCCAGAUAAUGUGCAUUAAUCCCUCUCAUAUUGACCCCUUAUGGAGUCCUGCAAAUUUGAAAUAAAAAUUCUAAGAAAGAAAAGAACACACAGUCUGACCUAAUGAGAAUUGCACAACAUGUUAAGGAAUGAUUAAACCAGGAUUAUUCUUUUUGGAUCUAAAGGUUAUAGGCAGUUUAUCAAAUUACCCAAACUCUUACCCAGGCAGUGAGUUAUUCCUUUUAUCUGAACACUACUUAACUUCUCACCUAACACACCUAAACACGUGACUGUCACAAGUUAGUUCCUUACUGCUUCGUCAGCCUGGCCCUAUGACACACUUGUAAUGUGAUCCUAAACCCUUAUUGUUGCUCUCUCAAAACCUGAUCACCUACUUUUUUGCUUUUAAAUUCAGUGUGUAUCUAAGUUAUGGAAAAAAGAUCAACUUAAUACACAAGUGCUGUCAUUUUAUUUAUUUAUUUUUAUUUUGACAUAUUAUGUAACAGGAAGUUCUGCCAUAUAACAUUUUAUCAAGCAAGUAGAGGACUGGGAAUUAAGAAUUUUUAAAGAUGAAGCAUAUUUUUCCAAGGCAUUCUAUAUUGUUAAAUAUUUACAUGGAUGUACACCAGACUGGAGCUGAAAGUAAAUUACAUUUAGAAGAACAAUAUUUAGUAUAUGAGACAAUUAGCCAAAACAACCAGACUUACAACUAUAUUUGCUGAGGGAUACCUUGAAGUCGGGAUAUUUGUUCCCUUAAAAAAAGUGUAAAUUUAAAAAAA